AUGGACGCCGCUACCGAGUACCAGACCGCUGAGCGGUUCCACGGCAUAUUCAAGCCGGCCGAGUCUCCCCAGUGGACCAAGCCGUACAACCAUCUUCCUCUGCUUAUCAAGGAUGGCUUCAACCUCUCGACCCUCUUCUCAAUCGGCGCAUUGAUGCAGUGCGCCCUCUUCUCCAUCUUUCCUGCCAAGUACGCUGUCAUUCCGGCUUUGGCCAUGGGUCUCAGCUCCAUCAUCUCGACCAUCCUCGAUACUCGCUCCGAGAAGACCAACCCCUUCAUGAAGGGCGUCGUCCGCGGUCGCACCAGCGCUCAGUUCCCCGAUCCCUCCACCGGCGCCAUCCCAGCCAUUGCCGCCUCCCAGUCCCUCGUCGUCUUCCACCUCGGUGUCCGCUUCAACCACCCCAUGGGCCUCCUCUGCCCCGGCGGUCGCGAAAUUGGUCAAUACUUCAGAGAGAUGAACAAGGACCUCGCUCAGCGCGCCUCCGAGUACGGCCUCUACCACGUCUCCAACUGGCUCGGCGCCGACGGCCCGCGCAACAACUCCCUGCUCAACAUCUACUACUUUCGCGACGUCGAGGGCCUCAACAAGUUCGCCCAUGACCCCGUUCACCGCAAGGGCUGGGACUGGUACAAUGGUAUCAAGCAGCAGUACAACCACAUUGGCAUCUACCAUGAGAGCUUCGUCACCAACGCCGGACAGUACGAGACCAUCUACGGCAACAUGAAACCUCUUCUUCUUGGUGCCGCCAGCGUUGAGUGCCAGAGCGAGGAGACCAAGGAUAAGGUCUGGGUCAACACGCUCGUCGACGCCAACGUCGGUCCCCUUCGCGGUAUGAUGCGCCGCAUGGGCAAGAGGGAUGCUCCCCUCGCACACUAUGCUUAG